CUAUAGUAACCAUUAGGAACAAAGUCGGCCAUCUUCUCUUAUCGAGUGAGCAUUUAUUGAUAGUUGGGAGCGAAAAAGGUCGGAAAUUUAAAUCUUUCUUUGUCCAAACGGCCGUCAAGAUGAUGGUUCAACACACACGAAGAUGUAGGGAGUACACUGGGCCAACUCCAAACUCUGUGGCUAUAAGAGCUAAACCUACAAAUAAGCGUCCUGUAGAAUACCUUAUUCUUGAAGGACGAAGAAGAGAUGAGCUGAGAGAUCAAGCUAUAGCAGAGACAAAAUACCAGAAUCAAUGUGAUCUAAAGUCUGAAUGGGAAAAAGCCACAGACAAGAGAAUUCAAAGAAACACUAUAGUGCGAAGAGUAGAUCGGCUUAUGCAGUCAGAAACUUUCAACCUAGAAGACAGGAGAGAAAGAUUGAGAGAAAUGCUGCUUAAGGAAGAAGAAGACCACAUCAAAGAAAUGGAAGCAAAGGAAGAGACAACCAUAGAACGACAAGCAAAGAUGAGAGAAAGAGCAAAAUUCCUAAAGCAGAAGCAUGAACAGGAACGAUUGCAAUUCGUACAAGAAAAACUUGAUCAGAGAUGGAGGGAAGAGUGUGAAGAAUUAAGGGCAACACUGUCCAAACGUCACCAAGAUGACGUGUUCACUGAACGAUCUGAUCAGAUCAGAAUGAAAGAAGAACAGAAGAAACGGGAAAAAGAAAUAGAGUCAAUGUAUGCUGAUUUGUGGGAAAAGGAUGUGCAAGCAAAGAAGCUGAGAGAGGAACAAGCUGCACAUGAACAAAUGGAGAGGAACAGAGAAACAUUACGAAUUCUACAGCUUCAAUCAGAAGCCAUUGAAAAACAAAAAGAAGAAGAAAAGCAGCUCAAAGAAAUGGAAGCCGCCUGGUUGGCGGAACAACAGAAAAUGAGAGAACAAGAAGAGGAGUUUCUGAGGCAGGAAAAAGUGCGCAAACAACAGGCUGCAAAGAGAGCAAGAGAUAUCUCUAUCAGGCUGAAGAAUGAAAAAGAGGCAAGAGAAAAGCAAGAAGAGUUAGCUCUAGACAUGAAGAUCCUAGAGAAACUCUUAGACGAUACAAGAAACGAAGCCAUGGAAGACAAACAACGCAAGAAAGAACUCCGCGAAGAAAACCUUCGCUUUAUGCAAUACUGUGCUUUGAACCGCAAAGAAGAAGAGGAGAGGGAGAAAGCCCUAGAGAACCAUGUUAAUGCAGAAGUAGAGAAACAAUGGGCUAAGAAGAUGGAGCAGUACAGGAAAGAGAGAGCAGCCCGAAAAAGACUCAUGGAAAAUGUGAUGAAAACAAGACAGGAACAAAUGGAAGAACGAAAACGUAUCGCAAAUGCCCUAAAGGAUGCAGAGUUUGCUGAAAAGGAAGCCAUGUUCCAAGCAUGGCAAGAGCACGAACGAAUAGAAAAGGCAAACAAGGAACGGGCAUUACAGAAAAACCGCGACUACCAGGCGCAUCUAAGCAUGCAAAUAGACUAUCAAGCACAGAUGAAACAGAAAGAAAAGGACGAGGAGAGGGAAGAAUUCCUCUUAGGACAGGAGGCCGAAAAAGAAUACCAAAGACGACUUAAAGAAGCGUUACAGCGUCCCGCAAACAAAAUCCAUCCAAUACGACUAAUGGCAUCUCACAGAAGCAAAUCCAACUAAACACCCCUAAUUGACAACAAUAAAAUAACAUAUUUAAUAUAUGCUAUUCAAUGUCAUCCCCCUAUGGGAGUUAUUUUGUAAAUAGAGUGCUUUAUAUAUAAUAAAGAACAUGUAAAAUCUAAA